AUGGGGAUCUCCGCUCAGUAUUAUGCGCACGCCCGCAUACUCCAUCUCCUCCUUCCUCUCAAACCCCCCUUCUCCUCCUCCUCCUCCUCCUCCUCCUCCCUACUACGCCCUAAUCCCUCUCCUCUCGCAACAACAACAACAACAACAACAACAACAACAACAACAACCUCAAGGGGCCUCCUCUGCUGCUUCUCCUCCCAUGGAAACCCUCGGCGAGGGCGCGAAUCUCGAGGCGGCGGGGGAGGCUCCGCGGAGGGCGAGUCGGGGUUCGUCGUUGCGAGCUUCUACAAGUUCGUGCUCGUCGCGGACCCGGAAGCGGAGGUCGCGAAGCAGCUAUCAUUUCUCCAGGAACGUAACAUACAUGGUCGCAUAUAUGUUAAUGAGCAAGGAAUUAAUGCACAGUACAGUGGUCCAACUACGGAUGCGAUGGCUUAUGUUGAGUGGCUUAGAGAAGAUCCGCGUUUUUCUGAUAUCUUGGUUCAACUUUCACCGGCUUUAAGUGGGCAUGCUUUUCCUCGACUUAAACUGCGGUAUAAACCUUCACUUGUUCAGUUAGAAGGAGGAGUUUCACACCUUCCUUUGGUGGACCCUUCAAUGAGAGCUACACCAUUGACUCCGUCUGAAUGGAGAAAAAGAUUACAAAAUGGUAGAAAUGUUGAUAUAUUCUCCAGCAACAUAGAUAGCUCAGCCUCUGAAAAGGAGUUUCUAUUACUGGAUGUUAGAAAUGGUUAUGAAUGGGAUAUUGGCCAUUUUCGAGGAGCUGAGCGACCAAAUGUGGAUUGUUUCAGAAGCACUUCUUUUGGGCUCUCGGAGCAAGAGGUGGAUGCAUCAGACCCUUUGACAGGAAUUGACAAAGAACGUACAGAUAUACUGAUGUACUGCACCGGUGGCAUACGCUGUGAUGUAUAUUCUACAAUUCUUAGGCAGAAGGGUUUCAAAAACCUUUACACUCUGAGCGGGGGUGUGUCUAAUUAUCUAAAGAGCGAGGGCCCAGCAGAAUGGUUGGGAAAUCUCUUUGUUUUCGACUCACGUCUUUCCUUGCCCCCUUCUACUUAUAACCCUGAGAAAGAUUCCGAAGGCGAGCCACAACUGGUUUCUGAAAGCACCAUGCUUGGAAAGUGCUAUAUAUGUGGAUCACAGCUUCUUGAUUUCAGGCACCGCAAUUGUGCAAAUCUCGACUGCAAUCGGCUUUUUCUGUGUUGCAGUUCAUGUGCGAAAGAGUUGAGAGGCUGCUGCGGUGCGGACUGCGUCGGUGCUCCUCGACUGCGACCCGUUUUACUCGGACGUCAGAGAUACCAGAAAUGGCACAUCUACCGGGACGGCGAGUUUCCAAAAGAAAUAACAGCUUAAUGCAACGUUCCUUCUCCGUGCCAGUGCUCUUGCAUCAUGUCCUCACCAAAAGAAGUUGAAGCUUCUUCUAACACACACUAAAAAUGAAAAAGAUUCACCUUCAAUGGAAGGUUUGGUAAUUUCUUUGUUAAAAUCCGAUUCUGAUUUUAGACUUAAAGUUUAAAUUUGAACUUAUUUUUAAAUUUAAAUUCAGAUUUUAAUUUU